AUGGACCGAAGCCUCGACGAGAUUCUCGAGGAGCGCCAGAGCACCCGUGGUGGACGCCGCGGAGGACGUGGCCGUCCUGACCGCGAUGGUGGCCGUGGACCCCGCCGAGACUACGCUGAACGCGAGCGCGACUUUCCCAGAGACGGCUCAUUCCCCAGAGAGGACGCCAGAAACAUCAACAAUGACUGGGUCCACGAUAAGUACGAAGACGAUGACUCCCGCCGCCCUGCCAGAGGCUCACGCAACGAUCGCUACGACAGAGAACCUGCAAGAGAUGCCUCCGGUUCUACCACCAUCCGCGUCGAGAACAUCCAUUACGAUAUCCAGGAGCCAGACUUGAAAGAGCUGUUCGAGGGUAUCGGACCUGUCGAGUCUCUACGCCUGCUUUACGACCGCCACGACCGCUCCCAAGGUGUCGCCUACGUCGUCUACCCCAGCUCAAAUCUUGCCAGUCGCGCCUUGCGCCAAUUCAACGGCCAAAAUGCCAUGGGCCAACCCAUCUACCUGACCAUCCAAGAAGCCGCCCGCCCAUCGCGCAACCCCUUUGACAACGUCGAAAAGCCUCCCCGCAGCUUGUUCGAACGCAUCGACAGCCGUCGUAGUGCUAGUCCCAACUCGCGCAACGUCGAUCGCUAUGUUCCCCCUGGUGGUAGAGGUCCCCGCAGCUCGCGCAGUCCCCCUCGUCGUGGUGGUCGUGGGGCUCCUCGCGAAACUGGACGCCGUCCUGGUGCUCGUCGCGAAAACACCGAUCGCCGCGAAGGUGGCCGUGAACGUGGUGACAGACGUGGUCCUGGGCCCAAGAAAGAGAACGAUGGAAGAUCCAUGGUGCAAGGACGUCCGAGAAAGACUGCCGAGGAGCUUGAUGCUGAGAUGGAUGACUACUGGGGUGGUGGCUCGGCUGCCAACGAAGGUAGUGCUGUUGCAUCUGGUGAAAACGAGCCUGAUCGUGGGCCUCAAGUUUCCACCAUCGCCGGAGGAGAGAACAACAACAUGGGCACCACAUCUACAGCUCCGGACGACGACAUCGAUCUCAUGGUCGAGUAA